AUGGAUUCCUCAGACCCUGGUUAUGAGCUUGCGAUCGACUAUGCUGAGGUCUAUACAACGCCGUCGCUGGGUGGAGGCUACCCAGAUGGGAGUCCUGUCAUCGUUUCUGCACCCGCCACCACCGUGACUGUGACGCACGAAGUGUAUGGAUCAACCGCAUCUGUACGAUUGGUUUCUAAAAUCCUUGUCUAG